AUGGCAGGUGCACAUGAGCUUGAGAAAGAGCUGACUGAAACAGAUGUAGGGCAUAAGCUGGUGGUUCCAGGGCGGUGGCUUAAUGAAAUGCCUCCAUUUGAAGGGAGCUCCCGUGAGGUCCAGUUUGGGGUCCUGGACGACAAGGGCUUCCAUUUUCUGUUGUGCUGCUCCAUCCGAAAUGGCGGUUAUCGGAAGCCGGUGCUUCAGGCGGAGGGUUGGCUCAAGUUUGUCAAAUACAAGGGGCUCAGAGUUGGUGACAAGAUUAUUUUUCAUCCUCAGGUAGAUCAUUUCAGAGAAACCAUAUUUCAAGUUAGAGCACAAAGGCAGAAUAUCCACGGUCACUGGGUCGAUAUUUGA